UUCUAAACCGAAUACGAGAUAUUUAUCUCUCUAAUUUUCUUUUCCUCCGCCAACGCAAAGCAGAGAGACCUCGAGCACUUUCACUUUUGCUCAACAAACAAAGAAAUGGCGGCGAGAGGAGCUUUAUUAAAGUACUUGAGAGUGAAUGUACAGUCUGUACCUCAAAACCCUAGAGUAGGCCAGUUCUCUCUGACAUUCAACUCGAUACUACGUCGUUUCUCGGAGGAGGUUAGGGGUUCUUUUCUCGACAAAUCUGAAGUCACAGAUCGUGUCAUUAAUGUUGUCAAAAACUUCCAGAAGGUCGAUCCUUCUAAGGUCACACCAAAUGCCCAUUUCCAGAAUGAUCUUGGUUUAGAUAGUUUGGACACUGUGGAGGUUGUGAUGGCCCUGGAAGAAGAGUUUGGGUUUGAGAUCCCAGAUAACGAAGCAGACAAGAUCAGUUCCAUCGAACUUGCAGUCAACUUCAUAUCUUCACACCCUCAGGCAAAAUAGGGAAACUGUCGAGGCAAAAGCCCUGUUUUGUUCUUUUUCUUUGAGAAAUUAGUUGCAUCAGUAACAUUGUCGAAUUCCUGUCCCCCUCGGGUUUGUCAAUUCCUGAAUUGUGUUUGAAGAGUAUUUUUUUUUUUUUGUCUCUUUUUGGUAUUUGGGACUAAAAUGCUGUCCUUCCAGUUUAAGAGAAUUGUAAUGGUCCAAUGAGCAAAACUGCUGCCCGACACUAGUUCAUUGCCUAUAUAAAGGUCUCAUUUCAAUAAAAGAUUCAUAGGCUGAUA